AUGUCAUCAGCGCCAAACACAAACCCUAGCGCCAACGCAGACAAAGUGGCUACGACCACGCAGGCACAUCACGAAAACGAGCAUCAGCAAGAGUCUUCCGCUCAGAAAACGCCCCUGCCGCUCCCGGAGCCGAGUCAGGUCAGCGAUGCCACGCAGCUACCUAUAGGCGGUGAAGGAGUGAAACUAGAUCACCUGGGCCCGUUAGUUGUUAACGAGGACGGCACGAUGAGCCGUAUUUCCAACUGGACCGAAAUGGCCGAGAUCGAGCGGAAUAAUACGCUGCGGAUCUUGGGCAAGCGAAAUAAGAUGCGUCUAGAUGCACUCAGAGCCAAAGCGCAGUCUUCAGAGGGUCAACCCGGGAAUGGAAGCUAA